CUGAAGGAAGGGUACUGCACAUUUUUAUAAAUUAAACUUUGCUUUUGAAAUCAAAUGAUGACAAGCAGGCUCUUUCUAACUGGACUUGAGUUUUUUUGUUUGCUUUACUGAGUGACAAAAGGAAGCGAUUAUCCUACAGUUGGUCGCUAAGGUUAGCUUCCUCCUGUGACGUAUAAAUAUAUAUAUAUAUAUAUCUCUUACAGGGUGAAAUGAUAUUACUGCACCCAUCUCCUUGCUGAGAGGAAGCAUGAUAUGGAGUUCCACUCUGCUUUGCUCAUAAGCAGUAAUCCCUGACACCAUCAGACGCAACCUUCAAUAUUAAACAAUGAUUCAUCAUUUUACCAUUGGUUGCUGGAUUCUGUUGUUUCUUACACCAGGAUAUACUCCUGUUUUUGCAAAAGAUAAAGUCAUCCAGGUACCGUGUGGAUUGGAUGCCACGUUACGUUGCACAUCAAAGACAAGUUUUCCUCCGAAGUGGGAAUGGGACUCCAAUCAGACAUCAGAAAACAUCAAGACAUUAGUGGCCAACAGAACUGCACACCUGCUGGUGGAAAACUGCCAGAAGAUGAAUGAAGGCCUAUACUACUGUAUCAAUGGAACAGGGGAAAAAUCUGCAGUGGAACUGAAAAUACAGCUGGGUGUAAAGGAUAGCGCGCCUGUGUACAGAAUCAGCAGGACCGGCUCGUUGCAUCUCUUUUGUGAACCUCUAACACCAACAAGGCUUGAGGGCUUUUGGAGCUGGAGACAGACUGGGUCUGAAGAAGACUGCAAACGGUCUAGUUCAGGACAGACUGGGUCUGAAGAAGACUGCAAACGGUCUGGUUCAGGACAGACUGGGUCUAAAGGAGACUGCAAACGGUCUGGCUCAGGACAGACUGGGUCUGAAGGAGACUGCAAACGGUCUGGCUCAGGACAGACUGGGUCUGAAGGAGACUGCAAACGGUCUGGUUCAGGACAGACUGGGUCUAAAGGAGACUGCAAACGGUCUGGCUCAGACCUGGAGCACUUUGGAAAUCGAUCUGAAGUAAAGAAUGGGUCCGACCACAGAUUUUCACUGAGCAUCUCUCCUCUGCUCUGGAAUGACUCUGGACAAUACCGAUGCGCUCUUUGUAAUGGCAACAAACUUUACAGGCAACGCACUUAUGAAAUAAUUACAGUUAAAGUGUACUCCGAGCCCAUGGAGCUGACUGAGGGAGAGAAUGGCUCCCUGGUCUGCGCCGUUUCACAUGUGACGGAGUCCACCAGCCUGCUGUGGAUCGACACGCGGAGUCAACAGAUGUUCUCCAGCCCCGAGGCGCCCGCGGGCGAGUUCCGGCUCACGGUGAGGAACGUCACGCUGGCGCGGAACGCUUGGGAGUGCGCCGUGUUCCACCAGGGCCGGCUCCGAGCGCUGGUCCCGUUCACACUGACUGUGAAGAGCCGAGCCACACAGCCCCCCGGGCCCCCUGCUGGAGGUGAGGGAGCGAGAGUCACAGACAGACCGGGCCAGGACCCUACUGAAGCAGCUGCACAAAAUCCCUCCGGAAACCAUAUAAUUUAUCUGUCACUAGUCUGCCUCUGUGAUCUUCUUCUCAUAAUCCUGGGAACAGCUUUCAUAAUCUACUGUCGUCGGAGACAUCAAGGUGAUGCACAGACCCCAGAUGACGAGGGUGCUCUCAAUUAUGCUGCAGUGCAUUUUAAAAGGAAAAAAGGUACAGCUGACUCCAGUACAUCAGCCGCACUUGCUCCUGACAAUCUGACUCCUGAAGAGGACUCGGUGAUAUAUGCAGAUGUGGUCCUGGCAACCGGAAUUAGAAGAUGAUUCAUUCAUUUUAAUUUUACUGCAGACGUAAUUCGUUCAAGUCUUUUUUAGGUUCUGACAAAACAUACAUCUGCAUAUGAGAAGUCUUUGGGGGAUUUCCUUUACGGAUUCAUGGAAAGAAAAUGUAGUUGUGGGAAAUGCAAACUUCUGCUAAUGUUAAAAGUUGAAAUGGGGAAGUGGUUAUAUAUUUUGUUUUAGCUACUGUGAAGGAAUGAAAUAAAAAGGAAUUAAAAUUCACUUUGGAGUAGCACCAGUAAUACUAGUUUUUCAGUGAAGGAUACAAAUGGUUAAUUUUCGCUUGCUGAAUGCAGGACAUGCAUUGCUGAUGCUCUUUUUAUAAUGGGUCAUUUAAUUGCUUAAUUACUAUUCUUUGAAAGUCUUUUUCAUCUAAUGUCUAUUUAAUAUUUUUUUGUUAAUAAAGAAAUCAAAAUGCA